AAAUGUGACACAUUCGGCGCAAAUAACGAUUAAUUCCCCUGUCCUUUAUCCUCGGAGUUUCUACUUCGCGAGCCAUCGCGCGCGUCUGUGCUUACAGCCAGCGGAGAGAAGGAUCGCGCGCUCAGACCAUUUCGUAAUUAAAAUUUUCUAUCGCGUCAUGUAUCGCCUGACGUGACGUGCAAAAAGUUCCAGCGACCGGCUGGCGGCCGUCCUCGCAUCUCAGACGGAUAUACGCUCGUUACCGCGUUGUUAUCGCAUCUGUCAGUCAAGGUCGUCCGUUAUAUCCGCGCUCGACACUCUCGCCAACUUGGUACAAUGAAUCUUUUAUGGGCGAUCGACUUAACGGUGGUAGCGCGAGAGCAGGCGUUAAUGGCGGAUUAAAAAGCUUUUCCAUUACAAUGACGUUUAAAGACUCAUUUAUCCGCUCUCGCGCUCUCCCGUUUACCUUCUUCGACCCUCUUCCUCUCUCUGCUCUCUCUCUCUCUCUCUCUCUCUCUACUCUCUCCGCGUCCCUCGUUACUCCCCACCUCUUUUCUCCUUCCUCUUCAGCUCUUUCCCUCCCUCUCUCUCUUUGUCUCUCUGACCCGUUUCGUAUCGAUUGCAGCACGGAGUUUGUAGCUGUACCCCCUUGAAGUACACGCACAUCGACUUAUUCGGACACCUACCUCAGCCUCAUCACAAGCCGUGCCACGGCAAUCCCGUCCUAGCCAUGUCCUACUGCUAUCUGAUCCAGGGCAAGUGUCUGACGAUGGGAAGCGACAUUUCCUACGGGACGCAGUACGUCUGCGAGCUCGACUGCAAACCGGUCUGCGUAACGUCCUGUCGGCCGUACGACGAGAUGCCCCCCGAACAUCCGUGCGGAGCACCUUGCCCGCCGCACGCCAGGUGCCACGCUUGCACAGGUGCGAUGGCUCACGAGCAGCGUCAGGCGCCGUCGCCUUGCCGGCGAUUGCGCGGCGAACGCAGGCCACGCCGAGGCGGCGUUAAACUUCCUCGCCGAUGUGUCGGAUGAAGGAAGGCGAGAGGGAAGGUCGAGAAAGGGAAGAGAAACAAAGAACGGCACGAGCCGCUUUGAUGUACCUUCGUCGGCCAACAGAUCCUGGCGAGAGGGAGGUGAGGGAGAACUUAUCUUCCGUUGCUCUCGUCUCUCCCGCGAUCCCAUCGAUUCCCGCUUCCCGACCUUGCGCGGGCAAACAGCGUCUGAGUCUUGACCGAUCGUUAAUUCGAACCCUAUAUUGCCGAGAAAAAUCGCGGGAUUCCCUCAACAAAUGAUCGGACAGGUGAUAAUAUUUCUUUGUGGACAUCGUCGGAUAUUUGAUGAAUAUUUUAUCGAUGCAGACAAAGUCUCUCAUGACUUGAAAUCAAUGUGCCGGGUUCGAAUUAAUCGAAAAGUUUAGUUGACUAAAAUAAUUAGCAAAUCAAUCGUCGAAAUUGAUCAAUCAUA